GUUGGGUCCAGUCGCCAUGAGGGUUGUAACCCGAAGCACGCUCCAUCGGCUCACAUCGACUCCCAAACGAUCACCAAUUAUCCCAAUACACAAAACCCAAUUAUUUUUCACAACCUUCAAUUCCUCAACCCCAAUCCCUUCAGAAUUCUCCCAGCAAUCCCAUUACAGGAAACAGAUUUCCCUCGCCAAUCUCCUCCAGAGGUACGGCUUCCCGUCAUCUCAACUCCACAAUUUCCUCGCAAAAAACAAAUUUUUGCUGAAUUCCAAUUCGCGGCAGAUUGAAAAGUCUCUGGGUAUUCUCUUAAAACUCAAAAUUCCACAGAAAUCUUUGGUUUCGUUGAUAUGUGACUGUCCUGGGGUCUUGGAAUUUGAAUUUCUCAGAAAAUGGGAAAUGGGAUUCCUAGAAUUGGAGUUCUUGAGCGGUUCCCCCGUAAUAAUUAGGAAUGUGCUCGAACUUGCUAGGAGGUUUCAGUUAGACCCAUAUAGUUUUUCUAGGAAUGUGGAGGUUUUGAGGGGUUUAGGGUUUAGUGAUGGGACUGUCAGUAAGGUUUUGGAGGGUUUUCCUAGAGUAAUUAUGAUGGAUAAGAAGGAAAUUCAUAGGAGAAUUGUAUUUUUUAUGGAAAUUGGGAUUGAAAGGAAUGAAAUUGAUUGGAUUUUUUGUUCGUUUCCUAUUGUUUUAGGAUUUGGGGUGGAAGAAAGGUUAAAGCCAUUACUUUUUGAGUUUGGGGAUUUGGGGUUUAGUGAGGAUUUGGUAAGGAAAGAGAUUGUUAGGGAACCGAGAAUUCUUGGGAUGGAAUUGGGGGAACUUUCGCGGUGUUUGGAAUUGCUGAGGACUUUGAAAUGCCGGCAACCGAUCAAGGAGAAGAUUUUGAUCGGAGGAGCAUUUAGAGCUGGGUUUGAAGUGAAACUGAGAGUUGACUGCUUAUGCAAACAUGGGUUGAUUCGUAGAGAAGCCUUUAAGGUGCUGUGGAAAGAGCCAAGGUUGAUUGUAUAUGAGAUAGAGAACAUUGAGAAGAAGAUUGAGUUUUUGGUGCAUAGGAUGAAAGUGAAUGUUGGCAGUUUGGUUGAUGUUCCUGAGUAUUUGGGUGUAAACUUUGAAAAACAGAUUGUUCCUAGGUACAAUGUGAUUGAGUAUUUGAGAGCAAAAGGUGGGCUUGGUUUUGAGGUGGGGUUGAGGGAUUUGAUAAAGCCAAGUAGGCUUAGGUUUUACAAUCUUUAUGUCAAGCCAUAUCCGGAGUGUGAAAGAAUGUUUGGUAGAUUUUCGGGCGAUGUUGAAGUGAAAAGCCGGCAUCCAACUGGUCUGUGGAAGCUCUUUAAACCACAAAGGCAUUCAGAAUCCAAAGAAGAUCUGGAAAACAUGAAAUGCUUCGUGGAAUCGCUGUCCUGAUUAUGAAUCACUCGUUGCUAUCUGAAUUGAAAAGAGUGUACCGAGUGGGUUGUUUUUGUUGCAGUCUCAAUGGUGGCAUGAUUAUUGCUCUUCUGGUGCAUGAUAAAGAAAGCUAAAUGAAGGGCUGCUGUUUCAUUGGUCGAAUGAGGGACUAGAGGAAGCAAACUUUGAAGUAAACUAUACGUGGAGCUAAAUUGCCUGCUGCUUUCCCCAAUGUUGCUGAUUGUUCAGGCUCCUAGUUGUCAUAGAAACUAGAAUGUGAUGAAUCUACCUCCUGUUCUGCUGUUCUGAUCUCUUACCUCUACUUUCUUUAUGCCAAGGAGGCUGUCAAUCAGCGUAAAAUUUGGUGCAAAGUUUUACGGGACGCAUUUCUGACUUGUACUAAUCAUCAUUCAUGUAUGUUAUAUUUGAUUUAGGCC